AUGAGGACCUUCUCUAUGCUUGUGGGCAUCUUGCUCGCCUUUUUAGGCGUGGCAUCUGCGAUUCCCACCGGAACCGCAACUACGCUGGAGGGCGCAACCCGUGCCAGUCUUGGUCCACGUCGGAACGGCUACAGUGACCUGCCUUCUCACGUCUCAACAUACAACUGGGGCCAGCCGUACAAUGCCAUCCCCGACUACGUCAUGGCCAACGAUCCUGAGACCGGUGAAGACGCCAUCAUCUACACCCAAGAGGAGAUCUACACUGCCAUGCAGCAAGGCUAUGAGGUUCUACAACGUACCCGUGAUCCGAGUCCUGGCGAGUUUGUCACGUACGGAAAUAUCCAGUAUCCUUCCUACCUUGACUUCGGUGAUGAUAACCUCGAUGGCACUCACUGGGGUCGAUUUGGAUUCAACCAAAACCCUGGACAGGAUCGUGUAGUGUUUACUGAACACGGUGUCUACCUUGGAGUCAUCACCCGGCGCCCGAGUGAUGCCUCACCAGAUGGAGGUUACCGAUGGUGCCCCCCAACAAAUGGGUAUGGCCAAUGGAUCGCCCGGUUCAUUGGAGGCACUCGGGGUUGGGACUGGACCGGAGUGCCACCUGACGGAGCAAAUAGCUAUACUUCGCCCUCAAGGUGGAACAUCGCUGCCAGCCAGCGCAAGAUCUGGAUGGAUUUGAACCCAGGCGGCAUGCUACCCAUAGGGAGCAUCGGCGCUCAAGUCAACUCGUCCAACCCACCACCAGUCGACAUGACGCCCCCGAGCGCUCCAUUCGACGAUGACAACCCUCUACAGUUUCCUCCCUGGGAUAACUCAACCGGAGUCUGGCGGACCUACGUCCCGAGCAACACCACUAUGAACCUCACUCACGAAUUUGAGGCAGCCGACUGCGCCUUCGCUCGCGAUCACGGAGCCGGCGGCUACCACCAGAGCUGUCAGACUAAUUGGGGCGGGGGAAAUAGCAUGCAAGUCCGGGUCACUGUCUCCGGCACGGGCCAGAACACCAAGGGCUGGUGCCAGGGUAUAAUUGACAACAUGAUCAAGAACUGCGGUGGCAACUUCAACCUCCUCAACGGCGUGUACACCUGCAACCGAAACUACCCGGCCACGGCAACGUUCUCCAAGGCGACGGACCCGAGCGACCCUGGUUACGGCAGGUACUUCUACGGUGUUGACCUGCACUUUUAUAUGCAGUGGCCGUGGGUCGAGUCCGACGCCGACCACAAGUGUAUGGCUAGUGCAGUGGAGCAGGGCAGCUGUGGGCGGUCGAACGUCAAGUCCCUGAACGGCAAGUGGUGCCGUAAUGUCCACUGGAAGCCCAGCCCCCCUCCGCUGGAGUGGAGCAGCGACAUGGGCCCUGCCUAG